AUGACGCAAACACCGAGCAUGCACCUGUUAGAGAAUAAUAAUCUUGAAGUUGCUAUGGCACAGCAGCAACAGCAACAAAACUCACAACAGAGUCCGCAACCCAAUCAGAAUCAAAAUCAAAUUCAGAAGCAAAAGCAGACUGGCAGUCCAACGAAUAACAACACCAUUGAUGCUUGGAGAUCAAUUCAGGGUGGACACCAGUGGUGGAGUCCACCAUCUAGUGUACAUCAGGACCAGGAGAUGGCACAGGUAACUCAAGCACCGAGCAUAAUAUCAGCAACACUGAGCCAGGUGCAGAGACUUCAGACCCAGCAACCUGCUCAAUCAGAUGUCGAUCAACCCCUCGACUUUUCCGUUGGUUCGUUACAGCAGCAGAGGCUGCAUGCGCGUCUCAGGACUAUGCAUGAGAGACUACAGAGUCGUAUGCAUAAUAAUAAUAAUAAUAAUAAUAAUAAUAAUAAUAAUAAUAAUGGUAAUGGUGCUAGUGGACAAAAAUCAGGGAGAAUGAACGAGAGAAGGAGCUACAGUCCGAGUGAGGCCAGCACCAGUGGCAGCGAGGACGAGGGGGUGUCCACGGGUGGAAGCCCCUCGGGGCCGCUGCGAGGCGCUGAGACCGAUUCAUGUGAUGCUGCUGCAGAGAGAUCCUACGGAAAAGUGUGGAGAGGCGAUGGUGAGGUCGCGUGGCGGACUGAGCAAUCAUUCAAGAGAACGUCACCGCACAAUGUCUGUCCUACGACGGGUGUGUCAGGUGGCAAUACUACGACACAUCCACACCUGUCACCGCCCUCUGCUGCGCCGGUUACUGUACCUGAUCAUCGGAGCACUAGUCUACAAGCAAAACACCGAAUUUCUCCAGCAAGUGAUGCACUUGGUAGAAUCGACAAAGAGCCAGCGUCGCCAGAAUCCAUCCAAGAUGCUGAUUUACAUGGAGAUGUGGAUGGUGCUGAGCUCAGUGGAGACGACCGGAGUAUCGCUAGCGAUGUUCAGGAUGGUAAUGAAGCCAUUUUGGACCACGACUCCAUGGAUUCGGAGCGAGGGGCCCUCAACCUGGUUACCGAUGUUUCACAGCGGAAUAGCAGCAGUGGAACAAGUGGUAGUGCCUCAUCCCCGAGCUCCGGAGUCAGCAGUCAGUUGACCGGAAGUCACGCCGGCAACACAAGUAACUCUCAGGCAGCAUUAGCUGCCCAACUAGUCGGUCAACAGCUCCUCAUGCACGGUUCCCUAGGUGCCCUGAGCUCCCAGGAGAUCCAAGCCCUGGCAUCGACCCUCCAACAGCAACAGCAAUCCCUUCAACAACACCUCCAGCAAAUAGCAAUGUUCCAACAGGCAAAUCCAGCAGCCGGUCAACUUCCUGCGCAGGCGCAGUUCUUCCUCCAAAAUCAGGGGCUGUUGCAGAGCGGUGGCUACGCCCAGAGACCGAGUCAUCCGCGCUCACAGUCCAUGCAGGUUCAGCAGGCUGUGGCACAGGCAGCUCAGCAGCUCCAGGCUCUCCAGAAGCAGCAGGCAUUGCAGGGUGGCGGUGGUCUGGUGGGAAGAAACGUGGCCCAACAGAGAUCACCACCCCCUCCUGGCACUCCACCGGCGGUAAAACCACUGACAGCAAGACUGGAGCCAUCACCGGAGGAGACAACGGAUCUUGAGGAGCUGGAGCAGUUUGCCAAGACGUUCAAGCAGAGACGCAUCAAGCUCGGGUUCACGCAGGGUGAUGUGGGUUUAGCUAUGGGAAAAUUAUAUGGCAAUGACUUCUCGCAAACAACAAUUUCGAGGUUCGAAGCACUCAAUCUGUCGUUCAAAAAUAUGUGUAAAUUGAAGCCCCUUCUGCAAAAAUGGCUGGAGGACGCUGACAAUUCUCUGAACAAUCCCAACUCACUCACGAAUCCAUUGACAACACCGGAAGCCAUUGGAAGACGACGAAAAAAGCGCACAUCAAUAGAAACCAGUGUUCGUGUUGCACUUGAAAAAGCAUUCAUGCAGAAUCCAAAGCCAACGUCUGAGGAAAUUACGAUACUUGCUGAUAGUCUGGCGAUGGAGAAGGAGGUCGUGAGAGUGUGGUUUUGCAAUAGGCGACAAAAAGAGAAACGAAUCAACCCACCAACAGCAGCGAUGGGCAGUCCGACAAUGGCCUCCCCAGCGCCCUCAGUAUUUGCAUCCCUAGCGAGUUCGAUGUCGGGGAGUCCCCUAGCUCUAACAACUCACUCAUCAGGAAUGGGCCACUCCCACUCCCACUCCCACCCAACCCCCCUCGGUUCACCGAUUCCCCUGGCUCUUGUAGCCUCAGCCGGCAGUAACUAUCACGCCUUAAGCAGCAAAUCUCACGAGUGACAUCAACCGGUCACCCAGCAUGACAAUGCUGCACUCUAUCAUCAUCACCGCUCGCAGUCCCAACUGCCGCAUCAAUUUCAUAAUCAGCAUCAACGACGCUUGUGCAAUCUCCCCGAAUUUUAUCACUAGUCGGGAUUCCAACACUCCACUUAAUAUUGUGAUUACUCAGUAUCAAUUAUGACUAUUCAAUUAUCGUUUAUUGAUACUGCAAAAUGAGCCUGAAACACUGGUGAUUAAUAAAAACUGGAAGAGAAAUGAGGGAAAACGUAUACGUAUGAGUUUUGAAAUCUUCCAAAAAGACUCAACGAUUCAAUUUUCAAUUGAUCAUCUAAUUUUUUAUGUACACUUUAUGAAAAAAAAAAACUCGUGGUGAUUGGUGUGCAUGUACUGGAGAGCAUGGGAAUUCAUCUCUUUUCUUUUUCGCAACGAAAAAAAAAUAACGAUCAAUGUACAUAACUAGACAAAGAGUUAUAGUUAAUUAUUAUUACUGUUGUUUGGAUUGAAUGAAAAAAAAAUCCAAAGAUCCUCAUAAUAUUGAGGGAGAAAUUUGGUUCAAGGAACAAACUAUUAUUUAGGGAGGGCCCCUAUUGAUACUUCUGUAUCGAAGAAUGAGGAAGUGAUGAGUGUGAGUAAUGUGCGUACGUUGCUCGAUUAAUCUCGUGGAUUAGAGAACAAAUUCAUAUGUAAUAUUUCUAUUUAUGAUUAUUUAUUCUUACAGCCUAUUAAUUACUAAUUAUUUCCGGGAAGAUGCACUCAGUGAUCUUUAUAUUACUGAUUGUAUUUUCUUGAGAACAUCAAUUGAGUACCAUCGAUUUAAUCACGAGAGUGAUCGGACACGUAUGACAGUACGAAGUAUUAUAGGAUAACCCAUUUUUGUAAUUCUGGUGUUGAUAGGGUGCUUUAGUAAAAGGAGGAUCAAUUGUCCUCGGAACACGUCGUGACUGACGUUAUUGUAUUUAUAAAUAAAUGUAUAUAAUUAUAGGAAUUAUAUCAUAAAGUAUUAAGCAUGUAUCGACUGUUCAGCUCUAUAUAAAUAUAGAUAUGCAUAUUUACGAUAUAACUAUAUAAAUAAAUGUAUUGUAAAUAAUCUGAUAAUUUUGAAUUGAUUAUGAGAUAUCGAACAAAUCCAGUCGGGGUGUAUUCAUCGAUGAUAAUUAAUGUUGUUUUUUCAUUAACAAUUAUUGAUAAUUCAGUUUGAAUAUUGUUUUUUGUAUAUUGUAAUGGGGCUUUCUACGAGUGUUGCAUUUGUUCUUUUUUCACUCGAGUCAUUAGUAACAAUUUGCGUUUCAAUUCUCCCGUCAUUUUGUUGACAUGUCUAUUUUAUAUGGAAUUCCAGAUUCGUGGACCAAGUGUAGUAAAAUGUUUUUCGAGAAUUGACUAUCGUGUUUUGAGGGGAAAUAGUAAUUUUUUUUGUGGAAAUUUGAAAAAUCAUUUCUUUCAUAGUCCGAGAAUUUAAGAUUUGUUUGAAACACAAUGACGGCAUAUGAAAUUACAUUCCAGUAGGUUUAAUGCAUAAUAUCCCCCACCACUCUCCCACUUUUGCGUAUUUGUCGUGGCAUAAUUCAGAAACUUGUUGAUGCACUAUGAAAUCAAUUGAUAAUUUUACGUUUACAAUAGAUUAUAUUAUUUUUUCAUUAUAUUUCAACUUGCAUUAUGUUAAAAUAAAAUGCAUACAAACAUUCGAAUUAUUAUUUGAUUUAUUUUCUCAUUCAUUAACAUUUUCCUUGCGAUUUAAGGGGCACAGGGGGCUGAGAGAAAUUUCAGUUAUUUUUUUAUAGCUUUAUGAGAACAUUUUCAUUCUUGUUUCGACUGCAAAUGAAAAUUUUGACAGAAUAUCUAACAAAUAAUGGGAAAAUCUAGUGUUCAUAAUUUUAUAAAUCAAAUUAAUUAUUCCUUGAGUAAAACACGAUGAUCAUAAUUCUUGGUGUUCUGUCAAUUUUUUUAACAUCAAUUGAGAUUGAAAUUUAAGAAAAAAGUGCUCGCCAAAUAUUAUUUAUUUGAUAGAAAAAAUGUGCCGUUGCCACCGUCCUAUCUCCUCUUGUAAAUAAAUAAACUAGUAAUCCUAGGUAUCGAGUAAUCGAGAAGAAUUAUUACUCUAAGACAUGUACCAAAUUCUAGUUGUCCAGAUAAAUAAAAAUGAUUCAUCUUUCGCUAUAUGAUAGUCUGUAAUCAACGAACAUGAUGGUCGUAUCGUUUUGAAUGACUAGAGAGUUUCUGAAGACGAUAAUGAGAUGUUCCGUAUUCAAGGCAAUUUUCAUGGAUGACUACUAAUGAUAAGUGAAAAAUAUUAACACUCGCAGACGAAUUUGAAUUGUUAAAAAACUAAAAAAACCAUUGAAAUCUUGGACUGAAUAUUUACAAUAAAAUUAAAAAAUCAAUGUGUUAUAUAUAUUCUAGAGUUAUGUGUGGAUGCUUGAUUCAUGAGAGAAUGACAGUCCACGAGGGUCUAAUGAAUUAAGACAAAAUGCACGGUUUAAAGUUCCUAAAAAGAUGUGGAAACAACAUUACGAGAAGAAAAAUCUAUAAUGUUUUAAUAUUUUGUACUUAACAAGUGUAAUGAUGCAUCGAUGAGUAACAUUAUUAAUCGUAAAUAUGCGGUAUUGCAGGAAUAAUCGAGGGAAAAUUAAACUCGAUGCAAAAAUUAUCGAACAGAAAUUUUUUCGGUAAAUUUUAAUGGAAAUUAUGGGAGAAAUAACACGAUUAUUAUCUAGGAACUAAUAAGCGUCGAGGAUGUAUAAAUAAAAUCAUAUCAAUCGUACAUAGUUAAUGUUAAAACUAUUAGGUACACUAUGAUUAAAAAUUAGUUAUCAUAUAUCAUCAUAUGAUUAGUGAAAGAAAAUACUGUAA